AAAGAACCACCUACUGUCAAACGAUCGGAGCUGGAGAAGGAGCAGCAGUGUGGAAUAAUCUUGGGCGGAGGGUUUGAUCUGAGUCAACUCAGGUUUGGUCUCAAGCAGCUCUGCAGACCUGACCACUCCGCUGAACUAACGCUGAGGGAAGGAAGCUCUCACUGGAUCACUUCAGACGAGCAAAGACUGUGGUCAGACCACAGAGGAGGGCUGGUCAGAGGGCUCCAGGUGGCCCAGAAGGGUGUGUGUGUGCGUGUGUGUGUGUGUGUGUGUGUGUGGCUUUAUUCAUGUGUGUUUGCAGAUGUAAUGUGUGUGGAUGUGGAAGAAAAAGACCAUGAGUAUCAUUCUUAAGCCACGGUCGCGAUCUACCAGCUCAUUGAAGAACACAGAGGGCAUAUGUUUUGAUGUGGACAAUGGCACGUCAUCAGGUCGCAGCCCCCUGGACCCAAUGGCCAGUCCAGGCUCAGGCCUCAUCCUUCAGGCCAAUUUUGUCCACAGCCAACGGAGAGAGUCGUUCCUCUACCGUUCCGACAGCGACUACGACCUCUCGCCAAAGUCUAUGUCCCGAAACUCCUCCAUUGCCAGUGACAUUCAUGGUGACGAUAUGAUUGUAACGCCAUUUGCACAGGUUCUUGCCAGUUUGAGAACCGUACGAAACAACUUUGGUGCAUUAACUAAUCUACAGCAAGACAGAGCGUCCAAUAAGAGAUCACCCAUGUGUAACCCACCACCUAUCACCAAGACCACCUUUACAGAGGAGGCCUACCAGAAACUGGCCACUGAGACCCUGGAGGAGCUGGACUGGUGUCUGGACCAGCUCGAGACGCUGCAGACAAGACACUCAGUCAGCGAGAUGGCCUCUAACAAGUUCAAGAGGAUGUUGAACAGGGAGCUGACUCACCUAUCAGAGAUGAGCCGCUCUGGGAACCAGGUGUCUGAGUUCAUCUCCAGCACCUUCCUGGACAAGCAACAUGAAGUGGAGAUGCCAUCUCCUCAGACGCAGAAGGAGAAGGAGAAGAAGAACAAGCCCAUGUCGCAGAUUAGCGGGGUGAAAAAGCUGCAACACUCCUCCAGCCUCACAAACUCUAAUAUCCCUCGCUUUGGCGUCAAGACCGAGACCGAGGAUGAACUCGCUAAGGAACUGGAGCAUGUGAAUAAAUGGGGCCUUAACGUUUUUAAAAUCUCAGAGUUCUCUGGGAAUCGGCCACUGACAGUCAUGAUGUACACGAUAUUCCAGGAGAGAGACUUGUUAAAAACUUUUAAAAUUCCACUCGACACCUUUAUAACAUACCUGAUGACCUUAGAAGACCAUUAUCAUGGCGAUGUGGCCUACCACAACAACAUUCAUGCUGCUGACGUCACCCAGUCAACUCACGUGCUGCUAUCCACCCCCGCUCUCGAGGCUGUGUUCACAGACCUUGAGAUCCUAGCUGCCAUCUUUGCCAGUGCAAUUCACGACGUGGACCAUCCCGGAGUCUCCAACCAGUUCCUCAUCAGCACCAAUUCAGAGCUAGCGUUGAUGUACAAUGACUCGUCGGUGUUGGAGAACCACCAUCUAGCAGUUGGUUUCAAGCUUCUACAAGAGGAGAACUGUGACAUCUUCCAAAACUUGACCAAAAAACAAAGACAAUCACUGCGAAAGAUGGUCAUUGACAUUGUGCUAGCAACAGACAUGUCCAAGCACAUGAAUCUACUGGCUGAUCUGAAAACUAUGGUGGAAACAAAGAAGGUGACCAGCUCCGGUGUCUUGCUGCUGGACAACUACUCUGACAGGAUACAGGUUCUCCAGAAUAUGGUGCACUGUGCAGACCUGAGCAACCCCACCAAGCCUCUCCAGCUGUACCGGCAGUGGACGGACCGCAUCAUGGAGGAGUUCUUUAGCCAGGGUGACCGAGAAAGAGAGAGGGGCAUGGAGAUCAGUCCCAUGUGUGACAAACACAACGCUUCAGUAGAAAAGAACCAGGUUGGUUUCAUAGACUAUAUCGUUCACCCUUUGUGGGAGACGUGGGCUGACCUGGUACACCCGGACGCCCAGGACAUCCUGGACACGUUGGAGGACAACAGGGAGUGGUACCAAAGCACCAUCCCCCAAAGCCCCUCCCCUGCUUUGGACGAUCCUGAAGACGGCACUCGACCCCCAGGAGGGGACAAGUUCCAAUUUGAGCUCACCCUGGAGGAGGACGGGGAGUCGGACACUGAGAAAGACAGCGGCAGCCAGCCGGAGGAGGAGGAGGAGGAGGAGGAGGACUGUACUGACUCUAAAACACUCUGUACGCAGGACUCUGAAUCAACAGAGAUUCCUUUGGACGAGCAGGUGGGGGAGGACGAAGACGUGGAGGAGGUAGCGGAAGAGGGGGAGACACCCUGCUCACAAUCGUGUGUAGUGGAGGAAGAGGUAGCAGAGGAGGAGAAAGAGAAAACCCCCCAGACAUAGCAGUUUAUGGACAGCACCACAUUAACUGUUCUUCUUAGUAAUGACAGAUGAUUAUUUAUAGAAUAUUUUUUGGGUUUUGUGGAGUCUGUCUGUGUUUUUUAUACAUCUAUGUUUAUGGUUCCAAAGCGUGCGCUGCUCUCCACCUUGGCCACUCCUCCUGUCAGCUUUGUUCAGACACGCCCACCGGUACUUCUUCAAGUUUUUUUGCACUCAGGAAAACUCCUUUCCAUUCCCGUUUGUACUGAAGUGGUGUGUCUUUAUUUCACUUUCACACCUCCCCUUUACAAGCUUAAGUUUCGGACAUGGACGAGCAGUUCUCAGUCUGCUCAGUGCUGUUCAUACGAUACAUAAUAUCACAUUUCCCUUCCCUCCGCUUCGUCUCAGCCUCGCCUGAAAGUUUAGCAGUGUUUCCGUGUUUUAUCAAGUGCCCAUAUUCUACAGAGACGGUUAUCGGUGUGUUCAAGGAGAAUCUCCCUCUCGGUUAGGUCAUUUCCACCCCACUGCGAAUUACGAGGCAUUUUUUCAAGCUGCCGUUCCACCGAAAACCUGUUGGGACGCCGCAGAGACGAAAGCUGCAGCCCACUGGGGAGCUUCUCGAGACACAUUUCUGAUGUGGAAGUCUUCCUUGAAAACCUGACUGAUACAAAGCUCAAAUCUAAACAGCCAUGAUGCUGUCCUAGACCUCUUUAAUUUUUGUAUUGUACUGUAUGUAAGAUUCAGAUAUUUUCUAGAAUUUACUUUUGCAAUCCUAGGCUUUCUGUUGUUAGCAAUGAAGAUUAGAGAACUUUUGGGAACCAAUGGGGAGAAAUGUGUCAGUGUUUUAAAGGCUGGAGUGUUCUGAGGCGUUUGCACUUGCUCCAAUAGCAUUUAUACUACUAUUCCCAUGCCACUAUACUCAUAUUUUGGUUAGUCCUGUGAGUUGAAAUUUGGAAUUAAUUCAUAAUAAUUCUUAUUUUUAUGAGCGUUUUCACUGAGAAGGAAGCAGGAACCUGAAGUCUUAUGCUUAACUCUCAUUGAAAUUGUUUGUGAAGUGGAUGAAGCCUUUAAAUUUUAUUAUUGUUGCCUGCAGUUCUAUUGAACACAUCCUGAGACAAUGCAAUGCUUUGUAGUUGAUACAAAAAGCACCUUUUUUUUUAGAAGCUUGAUUAGUGCUCCGAAUAUACAGAAAUAGUAAUGGUGUUAACUACUGGGGUGAUUUUAUACCGAUGUUAUGAAAGCUUUUAUUGCCCUUUCUUUCAUUUUUCUUGCCCAUUUUGUUUGAUGUACACAUCAACAGCUGCAUAUGUGCUUGUAUUCCGCCACUUCUUUUUCUGUUACAAGAAGCUAGAAGAAUUUAUUUUGUUUAAUUUUGCCAUUACAACAUUAAACCAAGUUGCUGUCUUUGUUUUUCGACAAGACAAUCAGCUCCGUUGCAUAGUCAUCAGAUAAGACUAUCCUCUACUUAGAUACUCUAAUGCACUGAUAUAUUCAUAUAUCACCACUUUAAUAUUUUAAUAUGUUUUAACUCGCCAAAACACUCACUCAUGAAUACUUAGGCUUGAACAGUGCUGUCUUACACCUCGGCCAAGAGUCUCUUCCUCAUUUUUUCACUUUACACCUGAUGCUAUUAUUUAUUGGUAUAUUUUUCUAUUUGUUAAGUCCGUUUUUGCAAUAUAAACGUGGUACAGUAAUUAUUUCACUGUAGCAUAGACCACAAUACAGGCUUGCCAGUUACAAUACCCAAAUAUACUUUCUUUUUCUCUCCGUGUACAUAAAAUAUAGAAAAUCAACAAAUGUUUAAAAAAAA